AAGAUGGCCAGGGUCGUAUGUAAUUAAAGAGGGUGGCUUUCUUGGCACUGCGCAAAACUUUUGAAAGGCACCUCCGUACCUCGCCCCCUUUUGGAUAUGGACGCGACCAUGCACGAUGCAGUGCGGGAACCGAAAUGGAGCUGGAAUUCUGCGGAAAGAGCAGGUGGACAAAUCUAGACAACCCAGGCAGGUACGGCACCUGCUUAACAGUAUAAUCCGCGGCAGUCUUUCUCCACCCCAUUGUUUUCCGUCUUUUCCGUCUCGCUUUUGUCAUUCCAUGCAAUUACUCCACCUAGAUCUUUACACAAACACAAGACCGCUAUUUGAGCUUCGCAGCACCAAGAACCAAACUUACCCCCGAUAUCAGCACCACAAAUGGCAUCACCGAGCAAGCGAAUCGUGCUCGUCGCCGGCGCAACCGGCAAGCAGGGCCGCGCGACAGCCCGCCACCUGCUUCGGCUCCCGCAACCAUCUGCGUCCGAAGAAUGGACGGUGUGGGCACUGACGCGCAACGCAGGGUCGACCGCGGCGCUGUCGCUGCUGCGCGAGGCCGAAGAUACGGGCGGCGGCGCGGGCAGCCACAUCGAGCUCGUCGAGGGCGACUUGGACGAACCCGACUCGAUACGCGCUAUUUUCGACCGCGGCGGCGCAGGCAUCUAUGGCGUGUUCGCCGUGUUUGCCUUUCAGGGACUCGGCGCGAAGCCGGACAAGGAGCGCGGCCAGGCCAAGCUGCUGGCCAACCUGUCGCUGGAGUUCCGCGUACCGGCGUUUGUCUACUCGAGCACGGUCCCGACCAGCUCCAACAUCGACGACACGACCGAGCCGGGGCACAAGGUCAAGCGCGAGAUUGAGGACUACUGCCAGACGGAGCUAGGCCCGCAGGGGCUGAACUGGACUUUCCUGAGACCAGGCAUCUUCAUGGAGAACUUCGAGGGCGGGCUCGGGCCCAUCACGACUGCCAUCUUCCACCACGGGCUGAAAAAGGACACGACCAUCCUGCCGAUUGCCUCAGACGACAUAGGCAAGCUCGCGGCGGGGAUAUUCGCGAACCACGCGCAGUACCUGCACAAGACGCUGGUGGCCACGUCGGGCGCGGCGACCAUGCAGGAGGUGGUGGACGGGUACCGGCGCGCCACGGGGAAGGCCAUGCCCGCGGUGCCGGCGUUUGCGGCGGCCGUGCUGCUGUACCUAAACGCGGGCGUGCGCAACAUAAUCCAGCAAGUCGAGCGCAACCACGAGGCGCGGGCUAGCGGCGAGCUGGCAACGUUCGAAGUCGAGGUGGCGCUGGCGCGGAGUGUCUGCGAGGUGCAGGAUUUCGAGCAGUGGACGCGCGGCAAGGCGGAGGCGGCGGCAGCGGCCGUCACCAAAGGACUCGCUGCCGAUGCGGCGGAAGGGAACAGGAGCUGGAACAAUGUGUCGCUGUUCAAGGUCUUGACUGGUCGGGCUUAGUGUUGCGAGUUUCUUUGUUUGUUGACUCAGUUGGGGGAAGAGCUUGCACGGCGUUUAGAGUGUUGCGGAUAUGUAUUUAAGGGGGUUGGGGGAGUUGGCAAGUGUGUGAGAAUAAUGCAGAUCUUUGGAAAAUAGUUGCAGAAGGGUGUGUGGA